AUGGAGGAGGAGCAUGGUGAAAAGAUGAACAACGACGAUGAUGAAGACUUAUAUGACGUCUACAUGGAUGACAAGGAAGGUGGUGAUAGUCACCGCCGAAAGGGUGAUGAUUAUUAUUAUGAUGAGGGUGAUGACGAAGAUGAUUACAACGAUGAUUAUUAUAAUCAUGGCUCAGAUGGUUACAACGAGGAUGAUGAUGACAAUGGAAGUGAUGGUGAGGUAGGAUGGGAUGAGGAUGAUGACGAUGAAGAAGAAGAAUACGAUUAUGAUUUAGAGAGGAGAAUCGAGGCGUUCAUUGCCAAGGUUAUCAAUGGAUGGAAGGAAGAAUGGUUUAGUGACAACUUUAAUGACUAA